ACCUGCGCUCUAAGAGUUCCCAGCGCCUCCUCCCCACAGGGGUCAUUGCCGGAGCCAUCGUGGGCAUCCUCCUAUUUCUCAUCCUGGUGGGCCUGCUGUUUUUCUUCCUGAAGAGGAGGAAUAAGAAGAACCAGCAGAAACCAGAACUCAGGGAUCUGGUCUUCAGCUUCCCAGGGGACAUCCUGGCCGAAGACUUCGCUGACCACGUCAGGAAGAAUGAGAAGGACAGCAACUGCGGUUUUGCAGACGAGUACCAGCAACUGUCCCUGGUGGACCACAGCCAGUCUCAGACGGUGGCGUCAGCUCCGGUGAACAAUGGCAAGAACCGCUACAGAAAUGUACUGCCCUAUGACUGGUCCCGGGUGCCCCUGAAGCCCAUCCACGAGGAGCCAGGCUCUGACUACAUCAAUGCCAGCUUCAUGCCCGGUUUCCGGAGCCCCCGGGAGUUCAUCGCCACCCAGGGUCCCCUGCCACAGACGGUGGGUGACUUUUGGCGCCUGGUGUGGGAACAGCAGAGCCACACCCUGGUCAUGCUGACCAACUGCAUGGAGGCCGGCCGGGUGAAGUGUGAGCAUUACUGGCCUCUGGACUCGCAGCCCUGCACCCAUGGACACCUGCAGGUAACCCUGGUGGGUGAGGAAGUGAUGGAGAACUGGACGGUGCGGGAACUGCAGCUCCUCCAGGUGGAGGAACGGAAGACGCUAUCCGUGCGGCAAUUCCACUACCAGGCCUGGCCAGAUCACGGCGUUCCCUCCUCCCCAGACAUCUUGCUGGCUUUCUGGAGGAUGCUCCGGCAGUGGCUGGAUCAGACCACGGAGGGGGGCCCACCCAUUGUACACUGCAGUGCUGGUGUGGGUCGCACAGGCACCCUCAUUGCUUUGGACGUCCUGCUCCGGCAGCUGCAGUCCCAGGGUCUCCUUGGGCCCUUCAGCUUUGUGAGGAAGAUGAGAGAGAGCCGGCCGUUGAUGGUGCAGACUGAGGCUCAGUACGUGUUCCUGCACCAGUGCAUCCUGCGGUUCCUCCAACAGUCAGCCCAGGCCCCAGCCAAGAAGGAAGUCAUUUAUGAGAGUGUCGAAAAUCUCAUCUAUGAGAAUGUGGCCGCCAUCUAGGCCCACAAGUUGGAGGUCUAAGUGACGAGAGGGCUGGGUCAGCAGCCCAGGCAUCCUCAAGCUCUGAAUGCCCACUUGAGCCCAGAUUCCUGGAAGAGCAGAGGGCUGGGCUCCCAGACUCCUAGGUGCUGUGGGAGGAGGAGACUGGGAUCCCAAACUCUGGUUUC